GUUCCCUCCUCCCGUCGGCGGCAGCCCAGAGAGCUCCGCGCCUACAGCCGCUCCUGGGCUGGGAGAGAAACCCACGGGCAGGCAGGAGGCAGCGGCGGGGCUGGCCGGAGCAGGAACGCCCCGGAGACGAGGCACGGGGAAGGCGGAAGGCAGCGCCAGAGCCAGCGAGCGCGCCACGGACGGAGCCCGUCGGGCUGCCCCGCAGGCGGAGAAGCGGGCGCGGGGCGCACGGCGCCAGACUCGGAGGGCGCAGCUCGGAGUCUCCAACUUCGGGGGGCGCGGGGCGCUUUCCCGGCCAGAGGGGCCGAAGGAUCCGACCCGGAAGGUCCCCCUCCCCCUCGUGGACCAUGAAGGCGGCCGUGGACCUCAAGCCCACCCUGACCAUCAUCAAGACCGAGAAGGUCGACGCCGAGAUGUUCCCUUCGCCGGAUAUGGAAUGUGCCGACGUGCCUUUGUUAACUCCAAGCAGCAAAGAAAUGAUGUCGCAGGCGCUGAAGGCCACCUUCAGCGGUUUCACGAAAGAGCAGCAGCGGCUGGGAAUCCCCAAAGACCCUCAGCAAUGGACGGAAACCCAUGUCCGGGACUGGGUGAUGUGGGCGGUGAAUGAGUUCAGCCUGAAGGGUGUGGACUUCCAGAAGUUUUGUAUGAAUGGAGCUGCCCUCUGUGCUCUGGGCAAGGACUGCUUCCUGGAGCUGGCACCGGAUUUUGUAGGAGACAUCCUCUGGGAACAUCUGGAGAUCCUGCAGAAAGAAGAGAUAAAGCCAUAUCCAGCAAACGGAGUGAACGCAGCCUACCCAGAAUCCCGCUAUACAUCAGACUACUUCAUUAGUUAUGGCAUUGAGCACGCUCAGUGUGUUCCUCCCUCGGAAUUCUCUGAGCCCAGCUUCAUCACAGAGUCCUACCAGACCCUCCAUCCCAUCAGCUCCGAGGAGCUCCUGUCUCUCAAGUACGAGAACGAGUACCCCUCCUCCGUCAUCCUCCGGGACCCCGUGCAGAUGGAGUCCCUGCCCACUGACUACUUCACAAUCAAGCAGGAGGUCGUAACGCCGGAUAAUAUGUGCAUGGGGCGCACUAGCCGAGGGAAACUCGGGGGCCAGGAUUCCUUUGAGAGCAUCGAGAGCUACGACAGCUGCGACCGCCUGACUCAGUCGUGGAGCAGCCAGUCUUCCUUCCAGAGUCUCCAACGUGUCCCUUCCUAUGACAGCUUCGACUCUGAGGACUACCCAGCGGCCUUGCCCAGCCACAAGCCCAAAGGCACCUUCAAGGACUAUGUUCGAGACCGAGCGGACAUGAACAAGGACAAGCCCGUCAUUCCUGCGGCCGCCUUGGCUGGCUACACAGGUAGUGGACCGAUCCAACUGUGGCAGUUCCUGCUGGAGCUCCUCACAGACAAGUCCUGCCAGUCCUUCAUCAGCUGGACAGGCGACGGCUGGGAGUUCAAGCUAUCUGAUCCGGAUGAGGUUGCAAGGAGGUGGGGCAAGAGGAAAAACAAGCCCAAAAUGAACUAUGAGAAGUUGAGUCGCGGGCUGCGUUACUACUAUGACAAGAACAUCAUCCACAAGACGGCCGGGAAGCGCUACGUCUACCGUUUUGUGUGUGACCUGCAAAGCUUGCUGGGAUACACACCCGAAGAGCUGCACGCCAUGUUGGAUGUGAAGCCAGAUGCAGAUGAGUGAAGGGAUGAGCAGGCAAGACCAGAAGUCCUUGUAGAUGGAUUCAGGGCAUCCAUCUAGGCGUUCAAUUGAACUUCUGUCAUUUGUAUUUUUUUUUACUGUCAUGGUUUUCUUUUAAAAGAGAGAGAAAGAGAAAGAAACAGAAAGAAACAAGAAUUUCCACUGGUUGUAAAGGGGGUGGGGGGGACACAUCAUGCUUUUGGAUGAAACUGUGACAUAUUUUGGCUGGGAGGAGAAAUGGGGGAAAAAAUUUGAACGUCCUUGGAGAGUUUUAUUGGGGGCUGAUAUUUUAAAAGUCAGUGGGGGAAAGAGCGUAAAAGUUAACCGCCCUGUUAGAAUUGCAUGAUAAAUAAAGAACUCCCCGCCCUCCCCCCGAGGUGCCAUAAACUGACAAUCCAUAAGCUCAUAAGGCUCCCUUUUGAUUUUAAGAGUGAGGAGUGGCCUUUUGGGGGGGGGGCAGAGCAUCCUCUUCUGCAGGGAAGUCACAUUGGUGGUCCUAAAUAAUUUUGCAUUUCAAAGAACAAGUUUGCUUCUUAAGAGGGACCAAUACCUUUUUUUUUUUUAUUUGUAAAAAGAAUGUUAUUUUAUUAAAAUUUUGUGCCAGUAUUUUUCUCUAAAAUAGUCUUAAGCUCUAAGAUGGUCUCGGUAUUGCAAUAUUGUGUUGUCGUUGGUGUUUUUAUUUUUGUUAUGCCAGCUGCGAAUUCUAUCAGCAUUUUUUGGGUGGUGGGGGGGAAAUACAGAGGCUAUGUAGACCCCUCCAGAAACAGAAGCAUUUAACUGUUCAGUAGAAAAUCAAUAUACACCCUAGGAGUGGUGGGUGGGGAGAAAUUUGUGGGUGAAUGACUGUUUUGCUUUCACACAGGGUCUCCCACACCUUACUCUGUUUUUGCUCUCCCAUUCCAACUGAUGAAUCAGUUUUGUGUCUUGGGGAGGAGGAGAGGGGCUCUUUCCAUCAAAAGUUUUAUCUGGACUUUCCUCCACUUUCCCUAUGCCUUUUCAAGAUA